GCGCCGACCAAUACCCCGCCACGUCGCUCGGCAACCUUGCGCCUAGCGACAUUAGCGAUGGCGCUCUUUGCACUCGGCUGAGAUGCAGGUGCCUCUCGUGCCUCUCGUGCCUGUCUUCUGGCUCUUGGCGACUGUUGCAGAUGGCAAGGGCGGAGGCGGCUCCGGGAGCAGCGGAGGCGGCAGCUUUGCGGGCAGGACCGGCAUGGUGGGCCCCGCCACGUACGCCACGCCGGGCGCCUUCGCGGCGGUGGUGCUGGUCUCCUCCGGGGCGCGGCGGCGCUACGGCAGAGGCUACAACGCGACGACCCCCGAAGCCUGCACCAUGGCCACCCAGGAGCAGAUUCAAGACGCUUGCGGCAACCUGAUGUCUCAGGAAGAGCAGUGCUGGGACUGUGUGGCAUGCGAGACCGAAGACUGCGUGGGCAGCAUCGGCCGAUGCGACGAGUUCCUGGCAGAGAUGUUUCCGCAGUGCGAGGAGCCGCUGGAUGUGCUGGGACUGGCGGUCCAAUACGCCGUCUUUGCAGCGCUGGCGGGGUGCGUGAUUUACAUUUGCUACCGCGGCUGGAAGCAAUGCGACUGCUCGAAAGGCGGUUGCGACGACAGCUUCCUGUCCCACCGCCAGCAGCGGCUGGAGUCCCCCAGCAACCGCGGGGAGCUUCCGGCUUCGCUGGCCUUGAAGGGAUGGGCGGAAGCGGAGGACGAAGGCAGUGUGCCCUGCACCUACGACCUGACGGUGGAUGAUGAGGGCAAACUGAGCGGUUCCAGGAUGCGGGCGAACGCAUCGUCUUUCGUCACGGGCUAUGUGAACAUGUUCUCCCAAGUGACUGGGGACAUACGCUGGCACGAGCGCGGCGACACGGAGAUGGAAGUGAGCGGCAUCAUCCACAUCAAUGAUCAGGGGGUGUCGGUGGCUGCCACCUGGGUGCGGGAAGACCAGGUUGGGGGGGAGCUGCAGCUGCACUGCGGCGUGACCGUGGUGGGCCAGGCGGUGGGAGCAGCCGACAUCCCUCAGGCAGUUGUCCUGGGAACGGUCGUGCGCGACGUGGAGCUGAGCCCCGACCUCCGCACGCGUGCCUGACAUUGGAAUGUGGGGUCAGCCCGCCGGAUAGACGUAUGAGGCUAGAUACACAUCUUUAUUAGGGUGAACAGCAUUGACCA